UCUCCCUCAGCUGCAGGUGAGAGUUUCCACUUGUUACGUUGCAGUGCUGUCAGCAGGAAGUAAAAGGGGAGGCGACGGAGAAAGCAACUGAAAAAGCAAGCAGAGAGAAAGACCCUUCACUUUUACUACAGCGGGCAAAAACGCAGGUGCGGUACCCCACAGAUUGGACAAAGAAGUGCCUCUUCUUCCUCUUGUAAGAUGAUGGCUGUGACUAAUUUGAUGAAGGUUACAGGUUUUCUGCACUUGCUUCUUGUGGGAUUCCUUCUGCCUCCAUCCCUAGUAUCUGGACAAAACUCCACUACGUCCACAAAUUCCACUUCUUCUGGGUCCCAAAGUACCUCGGCAACCCAACUCUCUUCCAGCUCCAGCACUAUGGUCCAGUCCUCUUCUGUUACUCCAUCUUCACAAAGCACAGCAACGUCCACAAAUUCCGUGAUGGCCUCCAGCAGUUCUGCUUCUGGAGGGAGCACAGGCUCAAACUGGACUUCUGGGACGAAUUAUUCAUCUGAUAUGCUAUACUGCCCCUCGUUCACCUGCUCCUACUCCCAAUGCUACUCAAAGUACUCCAGUGAGAAUGCCACUUCCUGCUCUUCUAACUACAACUGCCAGCUACUGAGGACAGCAGACAUGCAGUACAAUGUCAGCUGCAGCUCCUCUUGUGCAAUGAGCUGUGUCAACAGCUCUGACACCAACUGCUCUGUGAAAUGCUGCAACUCCACUGGAUGUCUCAAUGACACUUUUGCAUCCAUGAUGACAAUGACCACAGCAGGCACUGCAAUAUCAACAAUAACAACAACAAGAGCUCCUCAACCCACCACUGCAAUUGUCAUGACAACAACCAAUAAUGGAAACAAAUGUGUGAUGGGAACAUGUAUGGGGGAGACCUGCUACUCAAGUUUUAACAGACAAAACUUUGAAACAUGCACCUCUUCGAAGCCCAACUGUCAGUUGAAAAAGGAGACGGUGAACUCUGCAGUACAGUGGACAGCAGGUUGUGCAAACUGCACCGGCUCCCCCUCCUGCACGGCUUCUACGCAACCUCCAUGUUUUCUGGAGUGCUGCAUCGCCUCCAAGACCUCCUGCCUUAUGCUCAAUGGAACUCUCAAUGUCCCCUCUUUUGCUGUGAAAGGCCCCCACACACAACUGAUCACUUACUUACUCUGCGUGAUUUCCUCUGCUGCACUGUUUUUCAUUUUGUAGCUGGCCUACACUUUGACAUAGCUUCAUAUAAAAUAUAAAAAACAACAUUUUUGAUGCGUUGAAAAACUUUCACUUCUAAUCAGUUUAGAGUGCAUGUAAAAAUAUAAAAAUAAUCAGCUGAAAUUGUGAUUUCUGUAUUCUCAAUGUCAAUAAUUCUGUUUAUUUAUGUUUUCUGAAUGCUAUUUUUAAUAAAAGAAAAAUAUAAAUUUGGCAUUCUAUCUCAACGAAAGCAAUACGAUCUUCACAGUUCAGAUUUGAGUUCUUUACCAUUCUUUACCAUUAUAAAUAAAUUCUACAUUAAUUAUAUCUUUAAAUCCUGAUUUUAUGAUCCAAUGUAACGGUUUUAGUACUCUUUUUGCAUUAUUUUAAUCUGACAUGUUUUGUCUUUUAUUUUCUAUGUCAAAACCUGUUUAUAUUAUUCCUGAAUCUCAAAACUAUAAAGACAUAAUUAGCAGGUAAGUCUGACCAUCCUUUCGGCAUCAUAACUGUUUAAGAAAUGAACAUGUUUCUAUCCUUUCCCAAAUUACUGUGAACAAAAGCAGCUUUAAUUUAACUUGCACUUUAUGAGACACGAAUGUUGAUCUGUUACAGAACAUUGUGGAAGCUUAAAAUAACAUUUCUUUAGAGGAAACUUUAUUCAGAAAUGUGCAAUUCAGUACUCUCAUCUAUUCCUUGUCUUGUAGUUUGUAGAUUGUUCAUUAAAUGUCGUCAUCAUGUAGUUUUCAAAGUAUAUUUUAUGGUACAACAAUGUAGUGUAAAUGCUAGAAAAUUAUGUGCUAUUGUACUCUUGUUUUGUGAACUGUAAAAAAUGCAAAUUGUGUGCCUUAAAAUAAAGCUUUCUAAAUCUA